AUGCUGCUUUUUAUCUUCUGGAGGCUUUUGUAUUUCUUCAUCCUUGGCUCCCUGUUGCGAGCCCAGUCCCGUCGAAAAUGGCUUGUGCGCUGGUGUCGAGAGCAUGGCUUUGGCCCCAAUCCCCGUCGUCCCCGGAGUGGAUGGGUAACCUUCUGGGUGGACGAAAUCAAGAGAAAGAUGGGCCGACACUACGACUACGACGCCGUGCCUGUCGAGUUCCAUGCAUGGAUCCUGUUCCGCGGUCUCGCAGAGUUUAUCCUGAUCAACGAUUUUGUCAGCUACGCCCUGUUUGUGAUCUCAUACUACGAACCGCCGGCAGACGGGCACCACGGGAUCAUGGAUAUUCUCCGCUACACAGGCGGCAUCUUGCUUCUGCUGUUCAAUCUGUGGGUCAAGGUCGAUGCCCAUCGAGUCGUCAAGGACUUUGCGUGGUACUGGGGCGACUUUUUCCUCCUCAUCGACUCGAGCUGCAAGCGGGACGGCGUGUUUGAAAUGGCACCGCACCCCAUGUACUCUGUCGGAUAUAUUGGCUUCUAUGGAGCAGCGCUGAUUGCACAUUCUUACUACGUGCUGUUUGUGAGCCUGGCAACGCACGCCGGCCAGUUUGUCUUUCUGCGCUUGGUCGAGACGCCGCACAUGAAUCGUCUCUAUGGUGACGAUGGUGACCGAGACAGGGAAACAAUUCAAAAGUACUUCCGGCGAGAUCUUGUCGUCGUCAAGAAUUUUGACUUUUUCCGAGCCACAGACCUGUUUACGGCUAUCAUAGCCCUGUAUUCGAUCGGCUCGGCGCUUGUGCUUGGUCCGAUUGACCACCAGUACGACUGGAAAGUGCAAGCGGUUGGAUGGAAAGUCGCACACACGGUUAUCCUGGGUCUGAUUCUUCAUUUGCAAAGUCGAUCCAAAUUUUGGAGCCGACAUUACAUCAAGUUUGGAGAUACCCCAAAGGAGGCAUUCAACAACUGGAAGACGAUCUACAACUUGACCCAAUCCAUGAUCUAUCUGUCAUUUUCCAUCUGUGCUUUCCGCGUCUACGAAAUCCCCGAGUCGUUUUCCUACGGAUACAUCCUCUUGAAGCACACAAUCGGCGUGGUCAUGAUUGUCUUCCAUAUCUACAUGACCCUUUCGUCGUACCAAGCAAUCGGCGACGUCGGAUGGUUCUACGGCGACUUUUUCAUUGACGAGCUGAGAAACCGGCCCACCAAGCUUCACUACAACGGCAUCUAUCGCUUUGUCAACAAUCCGUCCUCAACAACGUGGUCGUUUUGGGGCCUGUCGAUCCUGUGUUCGUCGUGGGCGCUGAUGCUCGUCUCCACCAUCGAUCAGAUAUGCAACUGGGUCUUUGUCGAAUUUGUCGAGAAGCCACAUAUGCGUCGGCUCUAUGGCGAGCAGCCGCCAAGUCGACCAGGUGCGCAAGCGCGUUCAGAAAUGGAACAUGGGCAUCACCUUCUCCGACUCGGAGGGCGAUGGCAUCCACGAGGUGUCGCAAACAACGCCGUGGAGAGCAUCGUCGAGCGAGUUGAGAAGGCCGUCGACCACGCCAAGCCGCGGAUCCAGGCCCUGGUGGAGCGAACCAUGAGCGUCGCCAGCCUAACGAAUCGGAAACCACCGUCGUCCCAAGAGCUUGCGCUCACCCAUUCGUAUCUCUAUUCGCUGACGCUGGAGGACGAGGAUCCAGGCGAACCAUUGGUCUUCGAGCUUGGGGAGCCUAUUGUCCUUCAGUUCACAGCAGCACGGGAGUACAUCACCGAACACGACUGGAUCGGCAUCUACCGUGUUACCCAGAACCCGGCAUGGGAUAUCACCACAUCGAACUCGAGCGGCCUCGAAAUGUUUGUCACCGGGCUCGACAAGGACACGAUGGAGGGCGAGGGCAUCCAGAUGGUGGUCGACAGCACCGGCCGGGGCCGGUUCGGCAACACGCAAGUGCACGUUUCCGAGAAUCGCGAUGUCGCCGGUGUCCGAACUGUGUCGGGCACACUAACGUUUACCGGCAGCAAGAUUCCAUGGCAUACCGGUGUCUACGAAGCGCGCUAUCACCACGACGGCAAGUUCAGCGUGCUGGCAAUCAGUCGCCCUUUUGAGGUG